AUGGGUGCUCGAGCACGGCGCGUCGGGGGCGUCUCCCGGUAUGCGAUGGCGGCGUUCACUCAAGCCGAAGAGCCCGACCAGGAAGAUAAUCGACCAUCAAAGAAACGCAAAGUGGAUGUGUCCGCAAACUUCCCUGCUGGUUGGGUUAAAAAAUACGAUGCAAGCCAUCUUGUAGAACAUGUUACUGACCCAAGUCAGAUACCAGAAGAACUUUCGAAAUACUUUUGGCAGCGAAACCGCUAUUUUUCAUUGUAUUCUUCACCGCCGGGCUGCCUUCUUGAUGCGGAGGGCUGGUAUAGUAUAACACCGGAACGGAUAGCAGAUCAGAUAGCAGACCGGUGUCGGUGCGAUACCAUCUUGGAUGCAUUUUGUGGAGUCGGAGGCAACGCGAUCGCGUUUGCGAAAACAUGCCAGAGAGUCAUUGCAAUGGAUAUAAAUCCAACCAGACUGGCCCUUGCCAGACACAAUGCCCAGAUAUACGGCGUGGCUGAUCGUAUCGAAUUUAUUCUGAUGGACUACAUUUCGUUCGCAAAGACCUACCCCACGCAGUGGUCGAGGGCCACGUCAACAAACGAAACUCGUAGGAUAGACAUCGUGUUCCUGAGUCCUCCUUGGGGUGGCCCGUCUUACCAGCAAUCAUCUCCUCGGAAGGGGCAAGAUCAAGCGGCCGAGGAUGAAUACUCCCUUUCUUCCAUCCAGCCCAUCGAUGGCGCAGAAUUGUACAAGAUCACGCAAAGGCUCACUCAAAAUAUCGCCUACUACCUCCCUCGCAAUACAAAUCUACAAGAAGUCAGCGCCUUAGUGCCAGCCGAAGGACAGGCAGAAUUCGUUGAGGUAGAAGAAGAGUGGAUGGGUUCAAAGCUCAAAGCAUUGACCUGUUAUUUUGGAGGGCUUGUAAAAGGUCAAGAGGACAUGUACUGA